CAUACAUCUGCAUACCUAGUUGGCAGCACCAACGUUUUGUUUUUGCGGCUGAAAAAUUGGCUGCUCCGGUGUACGUUUAAUAAAUAAAUAUAAUUUUAUCAAUAAAAUGGGCACAAAACGUCCCAAUACUAGUGUUGUGCUGGCGCAGGAGUCCAAGCGCAGCAAGAGCGAAAUUGCGGCCUACACAAAUCGGGACAAGGCGCUGCUCGAGUCGGGCGUGCGACGUACUUCCAACCUGCAGGCGCCCAUAAUGCAACUAGAGGGACAUGAGGGGGAAAUAUUUACCACAGAAUUUCAUCCUGAAGGCGAAAUGCUGCUGUCCUCGGGCUUCGAUAGACAACUUUACAUCUGGCAGGUUUAUGGCGACUGCGAGAACAUUAUGGCCAUGUCGGGACACAGUGGCGCUGUGAUGGAAGCGCACUUUACACCCGAUGGUUCCCAUAUUUUCACCUGCUCCACAGACAAAACGCUCGCCAUUUGGGACAUUGUUAGCGGGCAACGUGUGCGACGUCUCAAAGGACACACAAACUUUGUGAACAGUGUACAGGGUUCGCGACGUGGUCAGCAACUGCUGUGCUCCGGCAGCGAUGAUCGAACCAUACGCAUUUGGGAUGCCCGCAAAAAGCAGGCGGCCCAUGUUCUUGAGUCACCUUAUCAGCUGACAGCGGUUUGUUUCGGCGACACUAGCGAACAAGUGAUCAGUGGCGGCAUUGAUAAUGAGCUCAAGAUUUGGGAUAUACGCAAAAAUCAGGUGUUGCAUCAUCUGCGUGGCCACACAGACACCAUUACAAGUGUGGCGCUUUCCCCCGAAGGCGACUUUGUGCUGACCAAUGCCAUGGACAACACGUUGCGUGUGUGGGAUGUGCGUCCGUAUGCUCCAGGGGAACGCUGCGUCAAAGUCUUCCAGGGACAUCAGCAUAACUUUGAGAAGAAUCUUUUGCGUUGCGCCUGGUCACCGGGUGGCGACAAAAUCAGCGCUGGAUCAGCGGAUCGUCAUGUCUACGUUUGGGAUGUGAAUACGAGGCGUAUUCUUUAUAAGCUGCCAGGACACAAUGGCAGCGUGAACGACGUCGAUUUUAGUCCUCGAGAGCCUUUAAUAUUGUCCGCCUCUAGCGAUAAGACGCUGUAUCUGGGUGAAAUUGAAGAUUAGCCGAGUGUGGCACAAAUAAAUAGGGAAUCGAAAAUAAUAA